UUGUAAUUACAAUUUGCAAGAGAAAAAAAAAGAAAAAAGAAAAAAGAAAGAAGUAGAAGAAGAAAAGAAAUGGAGAAGAUAGUGAGUGAGUAUGAUGGUGGUGCCUCGCUACCUUCACAAUCAUGCAGAGACGCGAACGAAAGAAAGGUGACGUACUUCUACGAACCCACCAUUGGAGACUACUUCUACGGUCAUGGUCAUCCAAUGAAGCCUCACCGGAUCCGCAUGGCUCACAGCCUCAUCGUCCAUUACGGCCUCCACCGCCUUUUGUACAUCAACCGUCCCUUACCGGCUUCCGCCUCCGACGUCCGCCGCUUCCACUCCGAUGACUACGUUCAAUUCCUUUCCACUGUCUCGCCGGACCUCGCUGUCGCCGCCCAUGCCAACCACUCCAAUUACCGCACGCUCCGGCGAUACAACGUUGGCGACGAUUGCCCCGUUUUUGACGGCCUCUUUAACUUCUGCUGUGUCUCCGCCGGCGCCUCCAUCGGCGCCGCCGUCGCACUCAACCUUGGUGAUGCUGAUAUUGCUGUUAAUUGGGCUGGUGGCCUCCACCAUGCCAAGAAAGCUGAGGCUUCGGGAUUCUGUUAUGUUAACGACAUCGUUCUUGGGAUUCUUGAGCUCCUCAAGAUUCACAAGCGUGUGCUGUAUGUUGACAUUGAUGUUCACCACGGUGAUGGCGUUGAGGAGGCCUUUUACACUACUGAUAGAGUGAUGACAGUGUCUUUCCAUAAGUAUGGGGAUUUUUUCCCAGGCAGUGGGCACAUUAAAGACAUUGGGGUGGGCGAAGGAAAGAAUUAUUCUCUGAAUGUUCCACUAAAUGAUGGAAUGGAUGAUGAAAGUUUCCGUGGCCUGUUUCGUCCCAUCAUUCAAAAAGUCAUGGAGGUUUAUCAACCUGAUGCAGUUGUUCUUCAAUGUGGAGCUGAUUCGCUGUCAGGUGACAGGUUGGGUUGCUUCAACUUGUCUGUGAAGGGUCAUGCAGAUUGUGUUCGUUUCCUUAGAUCAUUCAAUGUUCCUCUGAUGCUUUUAGGUGGGGGAGGAUAUACGAUUCGUAAUGUUGCUCGCUGUUGGUGUUACGAGACAGCGGUAGCAGUGGGAGUUGAGCUUGAUAAUAAAUUGCCUUUCAAUGAAUACUAUGAGUAUUUUGGCCCUCAAUAUGUUCUUCAUUACAAGCCUUCGAGACAGGAUAACCUAAACAAGCCCAGAGAUCUCGAAAAGAUUAGGAUCAAGUUACUAGAACGGCUCUCCAGACUUAGCCAUGCACCCAGUGCUCCUUUUCAGACAACUCCGUCGGUUACAAAUGUUCCAGAAGAGGAAGAAGAGGAUAUGGAUGUAAGACCAAAUUGUCGCCUAUGGAACGGUCAAGAUUUUGAUUCGGAUAAUGAUGAAGAUGUGGAGAAUACAAAAUCUUCAAACUCAGCUGGCUGAAGCAGCAGGCGCAAUUCAGAUGAGAUGGACGAUAUAGAAGAGACUCCUUAACCUCAAUAUCGAUAGGCAUUAGAACAGAGCAAAUUGCAAGUUACCAUGUUAGAGAGGAAGCUCAUUGUGUUGAGCUAUAUCAAAAUAUGUAAUUCUAGUUGUAAAUGUUUGCAACUUUAAUACUUUGAUGUAUAAAGAAGCAUGUACAGUUGCCAAAUCUUUACAUGGCGAAUGAUGGCACGGUGGUGGCGGCCGCCGUUGGGUUUCUAGAAAGUCACCUUAUACAAAUAAUGGUUUUAGUUCGUACUUGAUUUGCAAAUGAAGUUUGGAACAAAUAAUAUUCAA